GUUGUGUUUUCGUUGUUGACUCUCAUGUUGCAGGAAUGACAGGUGUUUUUUAGCGCCCUCUGCUGUCUAUCUCGUAAACCUCUCCACUAUACGACAGCCGCAGCCGCUGCAGCGUCUCUUCUGUCACCACCACCGGGACUGCCUGUCCUCAUAGGCAGUGUUUACAGCAAUAAACUGUCACACACGAAAAGCGACGACCUGCUGUCAAAAUGGUAAGUCUGAAUCUUAUCCAUGUCCGGGUGACAGUGUAUUUUAACCAUUUGUAAUAUAUAAAUCGAGCUGUGAGCCACUCCACUUAAUAACCUUCAUGUUUAACUGUUGUAGUUUUAAUGCGAGAACUUGCCACAGAGCCACGCAGGUGUAGGUGAAAGGGUGUUUUUUGGGGAUGCUAGGCGGUGUUUGGUGAUCAGAUAGCGGCUCUGUAUGUGCUUAGCUCGGUCAUACGCAGCAGCAGCAGCAGACAGCUGAUAAAGCGGCAGGGCUGUGGCCUGAACUGCAUGGCCCGCUCCGCUUCACUGUGACGUUCGUAGCAAAGCCUCAGCUAUGAAGGCACUGCUGUCGCAUGACUGCAGAAAUAUCAUGUUUAUAUAGGCUACUGCGAGAGGAGACACAUGGACCUUAUGGUUUAUACAUGUAUUUGUAAAGUGCAGGUAGGAGUUAGAGAAACUGCGUCACAAUCACGCCACAUGUCAUAGAAGGGACAAUGAAAAUAUAGUCUUUAAGAAAUGUAUUUCAGAACAGAAAUGGAGACCUGAAUAUUCAAAAAGAGUGGUUUUGGUCACUAUUUGUCCACUAUAAGUGCGUGGACAUCCUAAAUAUGACAUAUGAGAGUUGAAUUCGAUAUUAUUGGUGACCUGAGAAUAAUGCUGAAGACAUAAUGUUAAUUGUUAAAUAUGUAAUCCCGCUUAUUUUUCCUCCAUAUUAAUGAUUUACUUAUAAAUACUUAGUUUAUGGCCACAUUUCUCUAGCAGAUUUACUUAAAAUGUUCACACUUUAUGUCAGAUCUUCAAAGUUUUUGUUAUGUUCAGUCCCUUAGGAUUUAAUCUGUGUCUAUUAGACUUUAAUAUAAACAAUUUAAGAUGAAUUGGAGGUGAGGAAUGUAGAUUUUUUUACUCCCUCGUGACUGUGAAUUGGUACAGCUUGACCCACUCUGCAGAGGCAUGAGUGGUGACUCAGUAGUUUGUGGUCUGUUGCAUACUGAGGCACCAGGAGUUAAAGUCUUCAUGCGUUGCCCUAACUCCUCACUGAUGGAUUCAGUUACCAGCAUGUCUUCUUUUUAUAACUCUUCUUGGAAUGAGAUCUGGUAGUGGAUAUAAAUAAACGACUGCUACUGAUUAAUAAAACCAGCUUCUAACAGCAGGAUGUAAAUGAAUUAAUGUAACCUCUCACCUCAGGUGAACUUCACUGUGGAUCAGAUCCGUGCCAUCAUGGACAAAAAGUCCAACAUCAGGAACAUGUCCGUGAUCGCCCACGUGGAUCAUGGGAAAUCCACUCUGACGGACUCGCUGGUGUCCAAGGCGGGGAUCAUUGCUUCAGCCCGGGCUGGAGAGACCCGCUUCACAGACACACGCAAAGACGAGCAGGAGCGCUGCAUCACCAUCAAAUCAACGUAUGUGCAGGACAGCUGUGGGUUAAAGAAAAGCUGUCUGUUUUUAGCAGUGGAUUAAAGGUCACAGUUUUCAAAACUCAUACAUAGUUUAGUUAGAAAAAUAUUCAUAAAAGGCCUUUUUUCUUGAAUGUGAAGAAAAAAUGUGUCAAAAAGAGUGUAAACCUCGAAUACUUAACACCACCGAGGCUGUAAAGGUACAACUUGAUCAUAUUGAUUCAUGACAGCUUUGAGUCUUAUCAGGGUGAGCAUGCCUGCCUCGAGCUAGUGAAAGAGGAAUUUAUUAUUGAAAUAAGACAUAAAAGUGGCAUUCCUUUAACAGAAAACAGUGCUGACAGGUCAAACAAUUCCACCAUUUAUAGUAAGAAAAAAAGAUUUUCGGGCCUUUCUCUUACAACGUGACCUUUUGUUGUUUUUCCACCAAAUGACUCAGCACAUCUUACCCAAGUCUACCAGGGAGACAAACCUCAGAAAAACAACACAAAUACAAAUAUGUUAUUGAGUUUGAUAUAUGGCAUUAUCUGAGAAAACGAGACUUGUUAGAUUCACAUGAGAAAAUAUUUUAUUUUAAAUAUAUCCUGCCAUUAAGCUCACAGUGGUAUAAUAUACAGUUAAUAACAAAGAAAAUAAAGUGCCUUCUUGGUCUGAGUUGUACAUGGAUGUCACAUGCAUUACAGAUGCAGUGUGUAGUAUUUAGCAAGAAUGGAGAAUGUAUUCAUAAGAAGGUUUUUGAGUUAAAUGUAUUUGUAAUCACCUGAAAAUAGAAUUUUUUUUUAUUGACUUAAAAUGAGCUCUUGGUAUAAACAUACAUUCAUCGUAAAGAAUGCACAAAUUAGACUAAUAUUCCUUUUGUGUUGAUUUAGUGGUCAUUCAAAAACACAGUCGCUGGUAUGUUUUUACAGAUAGAAGUUUUUAAUUGUAAAAAUGUGACUCAUGGAGAAUCAUACUUAUUAUGUAGCUUUGCAGAGUGAGUGUUUUAAUUUAGAAUCUGACUGCAAGACUGCUAGAUGUUCUCAUUUCUACACACUGUACCCUCAGUAUGUAAUUAUUUGAUGCUUCUACUGUCUCUGGUCUGACAGUAAAAAUAAAUCGGUUGGUUUGUUAUCACAGUAUUUGUUUUUCAGGUGGUGGAAUUAGAAUGUAGCUCCUAAAACAAAAGUUCCCGAGAGCCUUUUUUUGCAGUUGUUUAAAGUCCCAUUCUCUGACAUACACUCAGCAAUAGUGUUUCCACAUUUAAACGAAUGCACCAGCACUGAUAUUUGCUGAAACCUCUCUAGUACAGCUGUUGCGUUUGAAAGAGAAACUCUCCACUCAGCAUGUCUGCCCUAUCAAAGGAGCAGCUGACUCAUUACAGACCCGGUUUAAUGACUUACUAUAGAACUUCAUCCGGUUGAAUUUUAUUUUAUCCAUCCUCUAUGUAAGAAUGUGCUAGCUUUUCACUGCCUCCUCUCUGUUUUCAGGGCCAUCUCUAUGUACUAUGAGCUCGGGGAGAACGACCUGGCGUUUAUCAAGCAGUGUAAGGAUGGGAACGGUUUCCUUAUCAACCUCAUUGAUUCUCCAGGUCAUGUUGACUUCUCCUCUGAGGUCACUGCUGCCCUUAGGGUCACUGACGGAGCCUUAGUAGUGGUCGACUGUGUCUCAGGUAAUUAAAUAAAUGACAUAAUUACCCUCCAAAUCCUUUAAACACAUUCUGUAUACCUGUAUACUCACCUGAUUGAUUCCUCUGACAGGUGUGUGUGUGCAGACUGAGACAGUUCUGCGACAGGCCAUCGCUGAACGUAUCAAACCAGUCCUGAUGAUGAAUAAGAUGGACAGGGCUCUCCUCGAGCUGCAGCUGAAGGAGGAUGAGCUCUACGCAACCUUUCAGCGUAUUGUGGAGAACGUCAACGUCAUUAUCUCCACCUAUGGAGAGGAUGAGGGGGGACCCAUGGGGAAUAUCAUGGUGAGGCAGAUGUUCAAUCACCACUUUGAGACAAACAGAUAUGUUUACAUUCCUGUUUUUAAAUGUUGCUGUAAGUGUAAUAUUUUGAAACUCUUCAAACUCACCCUCUUAGAUUGAUCCGGUCAUCGGCACAGUCGGGUUCGGCUCUGGCCUCCAUGGCUGGGCUUUCACCUUAAAGCAGUUUGCUGAGAUGUACGUGGCGAAGUUCACAAAAGGAGAAUCUAAGCUUGGGCCGGCAGAGAGGUGUAAAAAGGUGGAAGACAUGAUGAAGAAACUAUGGGGAGACAGGUAAACAAAGCAGAUAAACUCAAAGUUUUUCAUCUCUGUUAAAAUGUACUCUAAUGCCUCCAUAUGAGCUACUUAACCCAAAAACAAGACCAUCAGGUUUUGUUCUAGAGAGUGGCUUUCUGUGAUAGACAAGUUUAGAGAAAGAUAACUUACAAGGAUAGUGACUCACAAUCCCUGUGCAGCCUACCCUUCCAAAACACAAGAUGGCGACAUCCAAAAUGUGAAAGUAAGGCCUUCAAAAUGAGAGUUCACAAAGAGGGAUGCCAUAGUACCUACAUUCACCUCCGUAAUGAUGUUUUUUUAAAGUUCUUAUAAGGAGUUUUUUCAUUUUUACAAAACAGACUGAAUUUCACAUCGAUGCCUUUUCAUGAUAUCUAAAGGCAAACAAGACUAUAAGUAACCAGGUUAAAAAACACCAGAAUGCAUUCCAGAUAAGGCUACAGAACAGUAUAAAACUAGUAAAGAACAUUAGAUACAUUCACAGUGACAUUGACAGUACAACAUUGAACUAUUGAAAAGCCUAAAGCAUGAGGCAAGCUCAUUCAAAAUGCACCAUUCAUGCAACGAACAAGUCAAAGUGCUUUACAGAGUUCAAAACAAAACAACAAUAACAAAACAAAGUGAAGCAACUACACAAUAAUCACUAUGUAGUACACACCACUCACAAUGACAUCAAGUUCACUGUCCUUCCACUUUAGAGCCAGGUGUGGUCAGAGGUCUGCUCUGUUGCACCUGUAACUACACCAGAUGGUAAAGUCAGAGAGUAAAGACAGCUGGAGAUUUUGAAGUCCUCACAAAAACCCAGAAAGUUCCACUGUUUCAACAGCAUUUAUCACACAUUUACAUCUCAAUUAGCCUAUGAUCAGUUUGUCAUGACUUCAUGCUGUUAUUUAUUUGUACAGAUAUUUUGACCCAAGUGCCGGCAAGUUCAGUAAGUCUGCUACCAGUCCUGAUGGCAAAAAGCUUCCCCGCACCUUCUGCCAGCUUGUUUUGGAUCCCAUCUUCAAGGUAAAUGGAGAAAAAAAUGCCAGUGCCCAUCAUUCAUAGGUUAACACGUUCAGUGCUUCACAUUUCUGAUCUCUGUGUUCAUGAAUAAAAUGUAUGUAAAAUGUAGAAAUGUAUUCGAAGCACUCAGAUGUAGAACUUUGAGCUGCUCUGAUCCUGGCACAUAAUUCAUUAAAAUCAUGCUGUAAUAGAAAUAAUAUUUGUACAGCCUGGAAAACUCUUCAAACUAGUUUGUUCUAGUAAUGUCCAAUUUCUCUUCAAAUAUGGCCAUCAAAUAAAGAUCACAAAGUUGACAUAGAUUUGUAGACAAAGAGAUGAUUUAAGUAGGGUUUGAUAUCAAGAGAAUACUUGGACUCUGGGUUAUUCCUCCCACUCUCCUCGUAGGUGUUUGAUGCCAUCAUGAAUUUUAAGAAGGAAGAGACAGCCAAACUCAUUGAGAAGCUGGAUGUCAAACUGGACGCAGACGAUAAAGAGAAAGAGGGGAAGCCCCUGCUGAAGGCCGUAAUGCGUCGCUGGCUGCCUGCCGGAGAGGCUCUGCUCCAGAUGAUCACCAUCCACCUGCCGUCUCCCGUCACUGCACAGAAAUACCGCUGUGAGCUGCUGUAUGAAGGGCCGGGAGAUGACGAGGCUGCUAUGGGUCAGUGGAACAUUUUCACACCAUCACACACUUCAACUUUCUGGAGAAAAAAAUGAGAAAUAAAAAAGUUUUCCCGUUAUAAAGUUAUAUAAUUAGUAAGCUUUAACUUGCUUACCAUCUGUGCCGUCUUCUCAGGCAUCAAGAACUGCGAUCCUAAGGCUCCUCUGAUGAUGUACAUUUCUAAGAUGGUCCCCACCAGUGACAAAGGUCGUUUCUACGCAUUUGGUCGUGUCUUCUCUGGCUGUGUGUCCACUGGCCUGAAGGUGCGCAUCAUGGGACCGAACUUCACCCCUGGCAAGAAGGAGGAUCUUUACAUCAAACCUAUUCAGAGGUUAGCAAACCACCACGCUGACAAAAUAGACAAGUCCUUCUUCCUGCCUUUCUUUCACCCUUACCUUCUUUGCACAUCAUUUUGUCUGUCCAUACAGAACCAUUCUGAUGAUGGGCCGGUAUGUGGAGCCUAUUGAGGAUGUCCCAUGUGGCAACAUCGUGGGUCUCGUUGGAGUUGACCAGUACUUGGUUAAGACAGGAACCAUCACCACAUAUGAACAAGUAAUGUACUUCUUUUUUCUCUCUUUAGUAGACCACAGAUCAAGAACAAACUCAAUAAGUCUCAUGACUUGUCUCUCUGUUCACAGUCCCACAACAUGAGGGUGAUGAAGUUCAGUGUGAGCCCUGUGGUUCGGGUCGCUGUGGAGGCCAAGAACCCUGCUGACCUGCCAAAGCUGGUGGAGGGUCUGAAGCGACUGGCCAAGUCUGACCCCAUGGUGCAGUGCAUCAUUGAAGAGUCUGGAGAGCAUAUCAUUGCAGGAGCAGGAGAGCUCCACCUAGAGAUCUGCCUCAAGGACCUGGAGGAAGACCAUGCCUGCAUUCCACUGAAGGUGAGACAAGAGGAACAGAGGAGCAUGGUGUUAUCUUCUUAGAGGCUCUGCAGGGAGUUAUAUGGCCAUACAUCAUGAUGUACAGUAGACUUUAAAGAGGAAAGAAGAAAUCUUAUUGAGUUAUUAAUCUGACUCUCUUUUGACCCCCCUUCCUCUUCUCUCUCCCUCCAGAAAUCAGACCCAGUUGUGUCUUACAGGGAGACAGUAGCAGAGGAAUCAGACCAGAUGUGUCUGUCCAAAUCCCCAAACAAGCAUAAUCGUCUCUUCCUGAAGGCCCGUCCUUUCCCUGACGGCCUGGCUGAAGACAUCGAGAAGGGGGAGGUCACUAAUCGACAGGAGCUCAAGGCUCGCGCUCGUUACCUUGCUGAAAAAUAUGAGUGGGAGGUGACAGAAGCCAGGAAGAUCUGGUGCUUUGGUCCUGAUGGCAGCGGGGCCAACCUGCUGAUUGAUGUAACAAAAGGGGUCCAGUACCUCAAUGAGAUCAAGGACAGCGUGGUGGCUGGUUUCCAGUGGGCGACCAAAGAGGUGGGCUGCACUACAGUGACUGCGGUUGGUUCUGAUUGUUUGUGCGUUUGUCAUAGUCCCGAGAAUAACCUUGCAGUUCUUAUCUUCUUCCUGUAGGGGGCUCUAUGUGAGGAGAAUAUGCGUGCUAUUCGUUUUGAUAUUCAUGACGUGACGCUCCACGCAGACGCCAUCCACCGUGGUGGAGGACAGAUUAUCCCCACAGCCCGCAGAGUCCUGUACGCCUGCCAGCUCACUGCUCAGCCACGACUCAUGGAGCCGGUUUACCUGGUGGAGAUCCAGGUGUGUAGGAGACAAAAGUACCUGCAGAAAUGAUCUUUAAAACUGAAGAGUUAAACAUCUGCAAAAGUUUGAAGGGAUUUUAGCUACAACUUCAGGUUUUAAAAUGAAUUUCUUAUCACUUAAGUAUUUAAUUAUGCAUUUUAUCGAUCGACAUGAAUCCAUCCACACUUUCAAACCACAUCUGACCUCUGUGCCUCUUGUCUGUGCAGUGCCCGGAGCAGGUGGUUGGUGGGAUUUACGGUGUGCUGAACAGGAAGCGAGGUCAUGUGUUUGAAGAGUCCCAGGUGAUGGGAACUCCCAUGUUCGUGGUGAAAGCCUACCUCCCUGUUAACGAGUCCUUUGGUGAGUUUGGGUGUCAGCCUGCACUGGAUGAUAUCUAGUGGGGUCUGGCUCUUGCUCUUCUAUACUUUUAACGCUUAAUCUAAGUUUGAUCACAGCGUUUAAUUUUAAACUGAUGUCCUUUUUUUUCUUGUAAAAUAUUCCAUCAGAAGAGACUGCUACACAAAUUCAAAGUUUAAAUGAGAUCUUGGGAGCAUUUUAGUAAAAGGAUCCCAAUUUUCAGUUUUGUAAUACAUAUAUUUUCUUAAUGGUGGAAAUACUGUGAAACUCUAAAGCUCCAGAGUUUUUGAACUCAGACAUCAUUACCUAAUGCAUAAGGCUUAAAGUAUGAAGCUAUUCCACUUAAACAAAAAAAAAAACCUGUAUAUUUCUUUUCAUUUACAACACAAUCAAGGUCACGGACAGGAACAUUUUGAUUGUCUUAUUCUUUCUUACUUUCAGGAUUCACAGCUGACCUGCGCAGUAACACCGGAGGGCAGGCUUUUCCUCAGUGUGUGUUUGAUCACUGGCAGAUCCUCCAAGGAGACCCCAGUGACCCUAACAGCAGACCCUGUGAGGUCAUUGCUGAAAUUAGGAAACGUAAAGGUCUGAAGGAGGGUAUUCCAGCUCUUGACAACUACUUGGACAAACUGUAAACACUGACCCUGGAUUAUAAAAUACCAAAACAAUCUCCAAACCCUACCCCAUGGGCACUUUAAUAUCUUUGCACAGGCUUAAAGAUACAUUGCACAAAAUUGUUUUGACUUUGAGUCCGGAGCUGAAACAAAGUGAAGCCUUUGUUGUUAGCUAAUGAAAGCAACAAUGCUUUUUCAUUUCACAGCUACAGUACACCAAGUGCCUAGGGUGAGGGUUUUGGGGUGCAAUUAGAUCAACGUUUUCCUUGUUUCUUCUAUUUCUCCACAUUAUCCCCAUCCCCUACCGCUCAUCUGCCAGGAUGGGCCUGUACAGUGCACUGUGAUACUGCUGCUGCAAUAAUGCAUAUUUAAAGGGAUCAUGGCCAGAUUCAAACAUGGAAACAACAAUAAAGUGUUACAGAAGUCAAACUCCCUGGAUUGGACCUUUGUUCAGUGGGUGUAAUUAAUAAAAAGAUUCAACUCGUGAUUGAA